UCUCAGCGGGAUCUCGCCUGCACAGAGGACCGAUUGGGCUUCUGAUAAAGAGACGGUUUCAGACAUGGGGAACUCCACAGGCUGCACCGUGGACGAUCUGCAGGCCGUUGAGAUGCAUCUCUGGUACAAGAAGUUCAUGACCGAGUGUCCUUCAGGUCAGUUAACGCUCCACGAGUUCAAGCAGUUCUUCGGGCUCCGAGGUCUCGAUCCAGAGGCCAACGCUUACAUCGAACAGAUGUUUCGCACCUUCGAUAUGAACAAGGAUGGUUAUAUCGACUUCAUGGAGUACGUAGCGGCACUAAGUCUCGUAAUGAGAGGAAAAAUGGAGCACAAACUGCGCUGGUACUUCAGACUUUAUGACGUGGAUGGCAACGGCUGCAUAGACCGACAUGAGCUGCUCAAUAUCAUAAAGGCUAUCCGAGCCAUUAACGGCAGCGAUUCUCAGGAAGUGAGCGCUGAAGAGUUCACCAACCGCGUGUUUGAGAGGAUCGAUGCAAACGGAGACGGUGAGCUGUCGCUGGAGGAGUUUGUAGAAGGAGCACGGCGAGAUGAAGAGUUCAUGGAGGUGAUGAUGAAGAGUUUGGACCUCAGUCACAUUGUGGCCAUGAUCCACAACCGCAGGAACAGCGUGUAAGAGCUAGAACCUCAACAAAAGUGUGAGAACUUUUUAACAAGCAGAGAGAACGUUAUAGCUGGGCUGCGCUCUGGUACUGACUCCGACACACUCCUGUGAAUUCACUUCUUAUUUCUUAAAGUAGUUAGAAGAUUUCCUGACACAGUUUCCUUUCCAAAACAUAGUCUACUAGCAUUACCAGCUAGUUAGCAAGUCGGUAAUUUAUGCUAUGUUUAAACACGGUCACGGAUUUUACAAGAAGAAAAUAAACGCCGCACUCUCAUGUCACAGCCACGACUUUCUUAAGUGUUCACAAAUUGACACAAUGUUGUUUUUCAACAUGGUGGAACUCACAGACGUUAGCAGUUGAUGCUAAGUCUAAAUACAUUAAAAUACUAGCCAAAAAAGUAUCUUACUACCAACACAUCUGAGGUAAAUGUUGAUGUUCCUGAUAAUUCUGUCUCCUUUUCACUAUCACUGUGUUUUCACAUUGCCCAUUUAAACAACUUAACGGCUGCCUGCUAGCGGGACACGUCAUAAUUUUAGCCAUACUGAACAUUUCCUUAGUAAUUUGCCAACACAUCUGAGAGAAAUGUUGAUAUUCCUGAUAGAUUUGUCCUGUUUUCACUCACUGUGUCCUAACCUUAGCCAUAUAAACGAUUUACCACAUGCAUGCUAGCUAGCAUAAUCAUAAUUUUAGCCUCAUAAUGUCUCUUAUUAGUAAUAUAAUAACAUAUCUGAGGAAAAUGUUUAUAUUCCUGAUAGUUUGGUCUUGUUUCUAUUAUCACUCUCUCCUUACACUGUGUAGAAAUGACUUAGCAGCUACAUGCUAGCUAGAUAAAUGAUAAUUCUAGUCAUAUAGUUUUUUUUUUCUUAAUAAUUUACCAACACAUCUGAGGGAAAUGUUGAUGUUCUCGAUAGUUCUGUUACGUUUCCAUUGUCACUGUCUUCACACAUAAAAGGUUUAUUGGUUACAUGUUGCAUGGCUAAAUUGCUAGCCUGAGUUAUUAGCUUGCUUCUGCUCUGUGUAUAUAUUCCCCAACUUUACCCACUGAAACGGUGAACAUACACCUUCUGUUCGUUCUUCCCCUCAAAAACAGUACUGGAACGCAGCCUUGUAACGUCACUGAGUGUGUCCAAAGAGCUUGGAACUUGUAUGUUAUAUGUAUAUAUGUAUAUAUGAUUAUCAUUAUUACUUUCAUGAGGUAGAAAUUUAUAUUUGAGAAUAAAACACAAGACAAGACUUAAGUCAAGCCGGUUUACUUUUGUAAGGAUGUGAAGUGACUAUGUGCUAGAAAACAUUGCUGUGGGGCUGAAGUCUAGCACAGUGUGCUUAUUUCCCUGUUCAUAAACACCUGAUUCAAUCAUAGAUACACAUUUUAGAGCCUUUACCAUAGGACUGUGUUGAUUUUGCCCAUUUUUAAAUAUUUUUUAUACAGACUUGCCAACCUUUAUGGGAUCUGCAUACACUGAAUGAGCAAUCUUCUUUUUUUAAACCCUCAAUAAAAAUAGCAGAGAAGACAAUCUGGAACGACUGACAGUUGCGUAGACGAUUGUAACUCUCCGAUAGUAACUUAAGCCCCGCCCCCUUCCCUCUAUCUCAGAAAAGUAAUUUCUUGUCUCGACUCAAUUUUCCCGCCGGCGACGCACCCUCCUCGCUUUGUGUCACGGUAAACGGAUAUGAACGUUUAUUAAUGAGUUCAUUAAUGUGAAAUAAAAUCAGUCGGUCUAUCCACUUAGCUAACAUUAAACAAUUAUAUAGUUAACAUCACGUAGCUAUAUUUAUUAGGGACGCACCAAAAUUUCAGCUACCAAAAACGGUUAAAAACGGCAGUUUUGGCGUUUUUUUCCCCCUGAAAGAGUUUUUUUUUUUUUAACGAGGGACAUUAGACAAGAAAUUUCAAUUAAAUAAAAAAAAGUAUAUAAAAUAUGUUUUGUUUGUUUUUUUUACUAUUUACUGUGUUUUUAUUUCCCUUCUUUUCUAGAGACUACUCAUGAUUCCUCUCUGGGGUUAGCAGGACUGGAUUUGAGAUACAGUUGGAUUUCAUUCGAUUUCAUAAGAAUUAUGUAAACACUAACCCCGCCUCUAACCAUAAUCUUUGUAAUUCACGUGUUAGAAAUUUGACUAUAGACGAGAGCAUGGAGAGAAUUUAAGGUAUUUAGGUUUUCUGCAGAGAACUGAAUCUUUCCAAUUUUUAACAUUUAAUUACCAAUUAACAUACUACAACAUCGUAAACUGCACUCAAAUUCUUAAAAAUGGGACCGAAUUGCCUGAAUUGACUUGCGUAGCUCCACAUCAUCAAAAUAAAUAACGCAUUAACGUAGCUAGCUAACGUUCACAGAGAGAAUUAGCUAGCUAAAUUUUGCGAAUGAUUCUUCGAGUAACUCCAGACGAUACAUACAUACGCUAACGUCAGUUAUUCUUGUAAAUUUUAAAAGUGCUGAAAUAUAAAACGUCUCAACACAACACUUAAUUUCCGGAAAUUGUUCAUACAGUCAUUCGAUUUUACACACUGUAAAGCUACUAUUGGUCUCUGAUGUGUAUAUCUGAUGUUAGAGCAGGAAAAUCACGACUGUGCUGGAGUCCCGAUGCCCAAUUUUCUCUACCUGUAUUGUGUACACUGGUUAUUAAUGGAUAAAUUGUUAAAAAUGAGCUUUAUUUGAUAUAAUUUUAAUAUAAACAAUGUCGGUUCAGUAAAGUAAAGCUAGCUCUAACGCAUUCUGUGCCUUGUGUAACAGAAAUUACAGAACUCGUGUUGACCUGCUUGUGCUUUUUAUUUCUACAAUAAAAAAAAAUCUUAACUCUGAAAUAUGUGGUGUGUGGUUUCUAUGAUUUACACACUGACUAAGUGUGGUCCAUCUGUUGGUCUGCACAAAGUAUUGGCACCCCCAUCUACCCAUGGAGCGCGGUCCUGAUACAUCCACUGCUGAGGCGUUGUUAGUAAAAGAUCAUCGUGGGUGGAUGUGAUAAAGUGGAAACUCGGUGUAUUUGUUCAUGGCUAAUAAUAGGACAUGAGACGAGAUGAGUCAGUUUCUAAACUCUUUUAGCUUCUUCUUCUGUUACUAUGACAACGAUGAUUUCCACAGAGAUGCAGGAAUGAAUGAAACACUGUUCACAAAAGCAGCAUCGUCUCUUUAAAGUAAAAAAAAAAAAAACCCAAAAAAAAAAAGACAAAAGCAAAGUGAAGGCGUGAGAACGAGUUAGCACUUUAACCAUGACUUCCUCUUAUGGUUUUCUUUUUCACUGCAUCAGCUCUGCUCACUUUCCCUUUAAAGAGUCUUACUACUGUGUCCAGUGUUACAUCACGUCCCGUUCUCGUGUUUAGUGAGUUUGGUCUGUUUUAAUGUCACGUUCCAGAUGAUGGACAAACAUCUGGAUUCCUUUGGAUAUUUCUAAAAGGAGUCUGAAUGUAGAAUAAUAAAUAGAUUAAAAGAUAAAUAAAGAAAGGUUUAAAAAAAAUCCCUAGUGAAACUUAGAAUGCAAAAUAAUGAGGAUAAACUUGGAACAUAAUUCAUACAUGCUAAAUUAAUAAAAGCACUAUGUUUAUUGUAUGUUUAAGAAAAAAAAGAAAACACAUAAAAGAAAAGCUCAAAAAAAAAACCAAAAAAAAAAAAAACAACCCACUACAACUACAACUGCGUCCUGAAACUCCACACGGUGCAUUUUAUAUAUAAAGAUCAUGCUGUAUAUAUAUAAAGGAUCACGCUGAUGGAGGAUGUAAUAAUUGUCUUUAAAGCAUUGUCUUUAAUCACAGAUCUACAGUUACUGACAUGGAGGACACACAUUAUCACACAGCCGGUUAUAGACACAGAGGUGAUUAAGAUCACAGUGUGAAGAGUAAAACCAGCUCAAGGUAUCAUCAACAUCCUCGUUUUGUCAGACACCUGCUCAGACAGGUUCACACUCGUUACGCAGAACAGCAUGAGCUGAUUUCCACUUUGAUGGAAGUGUGGAAAUAGCAGAAACGUUGAAACCUCGUCAAGACAAAAGCUGACCAGUCCAUCGCCAGCAUCACAUCAGCUGUCCAUGCCACGAAGGAGCCGACGAACCAGUGAACAAUGUGUGAUGAGUUACAGGAGGUGAUGAAAGCACAGCGUGACUAACAGCCUGAAUCGAAUUC